CCAUGCAGGUUUGGAAUCUCUCCAGAGAAAGAUAUUCCACAGCUUCUCUGGGCAGACUGGACCAGGGCUCCAGUACCCUCACACCACAGAACUUUCUCCUCCUCUUCAGGUGGAACUUCUUGGGUUCCAGCUUGUGCCCACAGACUCCUGUCCUGUUGAUCGGCACCGCUGACAAAGAGCCUGGCCCCAAUGUCUGGCUCCUUACCCUUUAGCUCCUGCCGAGCAUUGCUCAGAUCCCUUCUCAGGCUGCUCUUCUCCAGGCUCAGCAGCUCCAGGUCUCAGCCAUUCCUCUUCACAGAGAUGCUCCAGGGCCCUCAGCAACUUUGUAGCCUCUGCUGGACUCUCCAGUAGUUCCCUGCCUCUUGAACUGGCAAGGCCAGAAUUGGACAGAGUCCUCCAGAGGUGGCCUCCUUAGGGCAGAGCAGAGGAGUGGAGCCUCUCCUGGCCUGCUGGCCACGCUGUUCUGAAUGCAGCCCAGGCGGCCAGUGGCCAUCCUCGCCAUGAGGGCACAUUGCUGGUCCCCAGCAGGUCAGCCACUCGCUUGCGCUGGUGAAAGGCGACGAUUGCUCCCCAGGGGCAGGACUCUCUGUUUCCCACUGUCCAACUUCAUGAGCUCGCCCUGGUGCCGCUCCGGGAGCGGCUUUCGCCUGGCUUCGCUCUCUGGGGUGACGGCGCUGCUGCACUCCCCCGCCUAGUGCGGCGGUGGUACCGCCCGCUUCACAGACUGCUUGCAGCUUCCCCCCCCUCGCAACGGAGCGCGGUGGUAGCGGCCGGGGGCGGGCGGGAGCGUGAGCCGCGCGGCGCGGAGCGCGAGGUCACCAGCACCCCAGCUGUGACACCGCUGUGGGGUCCGGCACCAUGUUUGGCUCGUCCCGAGGUGGGGUCCGGGGUGGCCAGGACCAGUUCAGCUGGGAGGAUGUCAAGACGGACAAACAGCGUGAGAACUACCUCGGGAACUCCCUGAUGGCACCAGUGGGACGGUGGCAGAAGGGGAAGGACCUGACUUGGUACGCCAAGGGCAAGAAGGAGACAGGCACUCCGAUGUCCCGUGAGGAAGAGCUGGCUGCUGUCCGCUUGGCUGAGCAGGAGGCCAUGAUGGCAGCCCUGGGCUACAAGAACGUGAAGAGGCAGCCCACUGGCCUCAGCAAGGAGGACCUGGCUGAGGUGUGCAAGAGGGAUGCUGCUGAACGAGAUGAUAAGGACGUGGACCGCCUGGUGGGCUUGGGCAGCUCCAGUGGCAGUGCUGGACGCUUGAUGCUCUCCAAGGAGGACAGGGAGGCAGCCAAGAUGGGACUCUCGGUCUUCACGCACCAGAAAGUCUGCAGCAGCCCUGAGAUAUCCACCUCCAAGAAGAAGCUGGAGAAGGAGGAGAAGGUGGAGGAGAAAAAACCAGAAAGUGGCAAGAAAUCCAAAAAGGAGAAAAAGAAGAAGAAAAAGAAGAAAUAUAAGAAGGAGAAAAAGAAAGACAAGCAUCACAGGAAGGAUGCUGCUCUAUCAUCCUCUGAUUCUUCUCCAGAGCGAGAUGAGAGGCACCACCGGAGGAAACCCCACGCCGAGAGACGCCCUGAGCCCUCCCGGCGUGGCCAGCAGCGCGGGCACGACACAGACUCCUCUGCCAGCAGCUCGGGUUCUGGCUGCAGCCCCUCAGGCCGCCCUGCCGGUCAGCGGAGCCGCAGCCGGGACAGCCGCGACAGGGACAGCCGCGGCCGGGACAGCCGCGCCCGGGACAGCCGCGUUCGGGACAGCAGCAGCCGGGACAGCCGCGUUCGGAACAGCAGCAGCCGGGACAGCCGCGCCCGGGACAGCCGCAGCCGAGACAGCCGCGCCCGGGACAGCCGCGGCCGGGACAGCCGCGCCCGGGACAGCCGCGCCCGGGACAGCCGCGCCCGGGACAGCCGCGUUCGGGACAGCAGCAGCCGGGACAGCCGCGCCCGGGACAGCCGCGUUCGGGACAGCAGCAGCCGGGACAGCCGCGCCCGGGACAGCCGCGUUCGGGACAGCAGCAGCCGGGACAGCCGCGCCCGGGACAGCCGCAGCCGAGACAGCCGCGCCCGGGACAGCCGCGUUCGGAACAGCCGCUCCCGGGACAGCCGCAGCCGGGACAGCCGCGGCCGGGACAGCUGCGUUCGGAACAGCCGCGCCCGGGACAGCCGCGUUCGGAACAGCCGCGCCCGGGACAGCAGCAGCCGGGACAGCCGCGGCCGGGACAGCCGCGGCCGGGACAGCCGCGUUCGGGACAGCCGCAGCCAGGACAGCCGCGUUCGGGACAGCAGCAGCCGGGACAGCCGCGUUCGGGACAGCCGCAGCCGGGACAGCCGCGUUCGGGACAGCCGCAGCCGGGACAGCCGCGCCCGGCACCCGUCCCCGCGGCACAAGGGCAAGAGGAAGAGCAGGAGCAGGUCCCCGCCAGCCCGCAGGGUCCGGCAGCGCCAUGACACUGACUCCGAGGGUUGAGGCGCAGCCUGCGGGAGGUCCAGGGAGGUGUCGCCGAGGUUGUCUGGUUUUUAAGGUUACUCAGUCGAAAGAGAGCUGCAGCGCUGUGGUUGCUGGGGCUGAGCCUGGCAGUUGGUGGUGCCAGCGCUCCCCGUCCCGGCCUGCGGCUCCUGCCUUCGACCCCAGGGCAGCACCAGCAGCUCCCUGACUGUUGUCCCUAGCCAUGGUGGGGUACAGAAGGUGCCUGACCACCCACUCUGCUGCCUGGAUUUCUCUUUCCAGGUGUGAUGCAGCACUGAGGAUGCUGUGGGAUGGGUACCGAGAUGGCUGGCUGGGAUGCUGGAAAUGCUGCAGGUGCUUCAUGGUUGUUUAGAGAGACUUUGGAUGCAUUUAUUAAUUAAAUUAUUUUUAAUAUCUUC